AUGAGGACUCUGCCCCGCGUCGCCACGUUGUUCGCCUCGGUUCGAGCCACGGCGGUGCUGCCGAUCUGCUUGGCCGCCACGGCGGCCUCCGCCCAAUCCGACACCGGCGCCCGCCAGGGCCUGCUGAACGGCGCGCCCGAUCCGACCGGCGUGGCGACCACCAACGCCGCCGGCGAGACCGUCUACUACGUCGCCGCGACAGGGCAGGGCGUGAAGCUGCUCCGCAGCACGGAUCUGAAGCACUGGACGCAGGCCGGUCGGGUAUUCGACAAGCGUGUGCCCGAUUGGGCCUCCCGGGCCGUGCCGGGCGCCCAGGGCAUCUGGGCGCCCGACCUCAGCUACCAUAACGGGCUGUACUACCUGUACUACAGCGUGUCGACGUUUGGCAGCCAGCACUCGGUGAUCGGCCUGGCCGUCAACAAGUCACUCGACCGCGAAAGCCCCGAUUACCGCUGGGAGGACCGCGGCCAGGUGAUCGCGUCCGACGCCGCGGACACCGACUUCAACGCCAUCGACCCCGCGCUGCUGGUGGACGAGGAGGGCAAAUGGUGGUUGUUCUGGGGGUCGCACUGGUCGGGGUUGAAGGCGGUGGCGGUCGAUCCUUCGACGGGCAAGCCGCGAGACGGCGCCAAGAUUUUUCCCGUGGCGGCCCGCCCCGACACGACCUCCCACGCCAUCGAGGCGCCGUUUGUUCUCUUCCACGACGGCUACUACUACCAAUUUGUGUCGUGGGACGGUUGCUGUGACGGCGCCGCGAGCACCUACAAGGUGAUGGUAGGACGCAGCCGCAAGCCGACAGGCCCCUACGCUGACGCCGACGGCAAAUUAAUGCUCGACGGCGGCGGCACACUGGUGCUGGAGAAUAGCGAGCGGUGGCGCGGCCCCGGGCACAACGGAGUGAUCACUACGGACAAGGGCCAGUGGAUGGUGCACCACACCUACGACGUGGAGAACCUCGACGCGCAGCGGAUCCUGCAGGUGCGGCCGCUGGACUGGACCACGGAAGGCUGGCCAACGGUCGGCGAGCCGCUGGCGGCGCCGCAGCGCUGA